AUGGUUGCGAGCUCAGGGCUAGACGCAAGUGGUGGUAGCGGCGUGGCUAAUGAUAAUGAGUGCCCACGGCCGUGCUCCAGUAACCAGCUACGUGCUGGCAAUGAAACCUGCACGCAGAUCUUUCUUUGGGGCUCGGAUUCCUACGUCUUCAAGAGAACGAGCUGCCGCGCGCCUGGAGACUGUGAACCUGGCUUGAACACCAAGGCUUGUCCGUCUGGUGCCUUCCUGCCGGUGUGGCGGCAGUGCCCUCUGGGCCAAGCCUGGGAAGGCACCGGAACGGGGCAACGCAUAUUUGAGAUUGCGAAGGUGUUUGGCAGCUGA